UUAUUUUAUUCCCAGCUAACCCAAAACCUUAUCCAAUGGACUCUCCUUCUCUCACUCAUAAACCAGACAUCAAUUUUGCUAUCAUUUUACCCCGUUGUUAUUUGUCUUGCCAAUCUCUAUUGGAUUGAAAUAUUAAAUACCAUGGCAGCCAUAAUCCCAUGCCACUAUUGUUCUUCCCUGUCUAUAUCCAAACUACCCAGAAGCCAUAUUCCUUGGGGAAACAUUAGCCAUGUCAAUGCUGCUCGGUGGGGUAGGCAGCUCUCUCUCAGAUGUUCUCUCAAAAGCUCCCAGAAGGCUCAGCUUCAUAAUAAACUGAAUGAAAAGUUAUUUCCCUUUAAGGAAUAUGCAAUCUCUAUUGCUUUGGCGGUUGGAUUGGUAACAGGAAUGCCUUUUGUAGAUUGGUCUCCAAACGCUUAUGCAGCUAAUCCAGCAAUGCCUGAUCUCUCAGUGUUAAUAUCUGGACCACCAAUCAAGGACCCGGGUGCAUUAUUAAGAUAUGCUCUUCCAAUUGACAAUAAAGCUAUAAGGGAAGUACAGAAGCCACUUGAAGAUAUCACAGAUAGUCUCAAGGUUGCUGGAGUCAAGGCACUUGAUUCUGUGGAGAGAAAUGUCAGGCAAGCAUCUCGAUCCCUUGAGCAGGGAAAGAGUGUGAUUAUCUCAGGCUUAGCUGAAUCAAAGAAGGACCAUGGAGUGGAGUUGCUUGAUAAACUUGAAACUGGAAUGGAUGAACUUCAACAGAUUGUGGAGGGUCGGAACAGAGAUGCAGUUGCAACUAAGCAGAAAGAGCUGCUUAAUUAUGUUGGCAGUGUUGAAGAGGAUAUGGUGGAGGGCUUCCCAUACGAAGUGCCUGAGGAAUAUCAGAGCAUGCCUGUCUUGAAGGGAAGAGCAACUGUGGAUAUGAAGGUCAAGGUUAAAGACAACCCCAAUAUAGACGAGUGUGUUUUCAGGAUUAUUCUAGAUGGUUACAAUGCUCCGGUAACAGCUGGGAACUUUUUAGACUUGGUGGAACGGCACUUCUACGAUGGAAUGGAAAUUCAAAGAGCGGAUGGCUUUGUUGUUCAAACCGGAGAUCCUGAAGGUCCUGCAGAGGGGUUUAUUGAUCCUAGUACAGAGAAAACUCGGACAAUACCAUUGGAAAUCAUGGUGAAUGGAGAGAAAUCUCCUUUCUAUGGGACAACUUUGGAGGAGCUUGGUUUAUACAAGGCUCAAACAAGGCUUCCAUUCAAUGCUUUUGGAACAAUGGCCAUGGCCAGAGAAGAGUUUGAGAGCAACUCGGCUUCGAGCCAAGUAUUUUGGCUACUAAAAGAAAGUGAGCUAACGCCCAGCAAUGCAAAUAUAUUGGAUGGUCGAUAUACUGUCUUUGGUUAUAUUACAGAAAAUGAGGAUUCUUUAGCAGAUCUCAAGGUUGGUGAUGUCAUAGAGUCUAUUCAAGUGGUUUCUGGCCUAAAUAAUUUGGUUAAUCCAAGCUAUAAGAUUGCCGGUUAGUCCAUUCAGUAUUUGAUACUGCUUCUAGGAGUUUGGUCUACUUGCAAUGAAAUACCAUGAUAGAUUUUAAGUUUGUGAUCUGUUGAUUUCAUUAAAUGACUACAAGCUUUUCAUCACCAGGGAAUUGUAGCAUUCCAGUUUAAAAUCUAUUCGUUCUUCUCGUUGCAUACUCAACCAUAAGCGUUAUUAUGUAAUUUGUGGCAUUGAAUAAAUUUUCCUCCAUGGUAUUGGACUCA